GGAGGGGUCGGGGAGGGAAGCAGAGGCUGGGGAGCUCUAGGCCGGCCGGCGGCGGCGGCUGCGGCCUCGGACUCAGGCUGAGGGCCUGUGGUGGCGGACGCCCGACUCAGCAGUUUCUCUGGAAACCCCCCUGGUAAGUGUGGCGGAGGCGGGACGCUCUGACCCAAGACAAAAGGCCUGUAGCCGCAGCCAAAGACAAUAAACCUUAGGAAGCAGAAGGAAAAAAAAAAAAGUGCAUCAGCUGUUGCUGAGAGCAGCCUGCAGUUGGAAGCUUCUGAGAGACCGGCUGAUGGGAGCGAGGAAGUGACUGGACUGUGGAGAGGCCCGCCAGGGGUUAGGAGCAGGUGUGUGCUUUCAGAGGUGAGGUGGCGAGCAGGGAGAAGUGGAUGUGGGGGCUGGCGCGGGGCCUUGGCUCCACGGGGUGCGCUCUCUGGGGCCCCGCUGUCCUGCCAGGGUGGGCCACGCUGUCGGGCGCCAAGGAGGGAGACCUGCCAGCUGGAGCGGCGGCGCAGCGUGGCCUUGAUUUGUCUUUUUGGAAGAUUUAAAAACCAAACAGCAUAAGCGUUGUGGUCCUUCAGCAAUGCUUUCUCUGAAGAAAUACUUAACAGAAGGACUUCUGCAGUUCACCAUCCUGCUGAGUCUGAUUGGGGUGCGGGUGGACGUGGAUACGUACCUGACCUCGCAGCUGCCCCCGCUGCGGGAGAUCAUCCUGGGGCCCAGUUCCGCCUACACGCAGACCCAGUUCCACAACCUGAGGAACACCUUGGAUGGCUAUGGGAUCCACCCCAAGAGUGUAGACCUGGACAAUUACUUCACGGCCCGGCGGCUCCUGAGUCAGGUGAGGGCCCUGGACAGGCUCCAGGUGCCAAGCACGGAGGUCAGCGCCUGGCUCGUCCACCGGGACCCGGAGGGCUCCGUGUCGGGCAGCCAGCCCAGCACAGGCCUCACCCUCGAGAGCUCCAACGGCCUCCAGGAUGUAACAGGCCCAGACAACGGGGUGCGAGAAAGCGAGCCGGAGCAGGGAUUCAGUGAAGAUUUGGAGGAUCUGGGGGCUGUUGCCCCUCCAGUCAGUGGAGACCUAACCAAAGAGGAUAUAGAUCUGAUUGACAUCCUUUGGCGGCAGGAUAUUGAUCUUGGGGCUGGGCGUGAGGUUUUUGACUGUAGUCACCGUCAGAAGGAGCAGGAUGUGGAUAAGGAUCUGCGAGAUGGAGGCGAGCAGGAGGACCCGUGGUCAGGCGAGGGUGCGGAAGCUCUGGCCCGAAACCUGCUAGUGGAUGGGGAGACCGGCGAGAGCUUCCCCGCACAGUUUCCAGCAGAUGUGCCCAGCCUAACAGAACCUGUGCCUGCUGAAAGCGAGCCCCCGGCCCUGCAGAACAACCUCCUGUCUCCUCUCCUGACGGGGACGGAGUCACCAUUUGACUUAGAACAGCAGUGGCAAGAUCUCAUGUCCAUCAUGGAAAUGCAGGCCAUGGAAGUGAACUCAUCAGCAAGUGAAAUCCUGUACAAUGCCCCUCCUGGAGACCCACUGAGCACCAACUACAGCCUUGCCCCCAACACUCCCAUCAAUCAGAAUGUCAGCCUGCAUCAGGCAUCCCUGGGCGGCUGCAGCCAGGACUUCUCCCUCUUCAGCCCGGAGGUGGAGAGCCUGUCCGUGGCCGGCAGCUCCACGCUGCUCCCGCUGGUCCCCAGCAAUUCCACCAGCCUCAACACCACCUUUGGCUCCACCAACCUGGCAGGGCUCUUCUUCCCACCCCAGCUCAACGGCAGCGCCAAUGACACGGCAGGCCCCGAGCUGCCCGACCCGCUUGGGGGGCUGCUGGACGAAGCCAUGCUGGAUGAGAUCAGCCUGAUGGACCUGGCCAUCGAGGAGGGCUUCAACCCUGUGCAGGCCUCUCGGCUAGAGGACGAGCUCGACUCAGACUCCGGCCUCUCCCUGGACUCGAGCCAUAGCCCUUCUUCCCUGAGCAGCUCCGAAGGCAGCUCUUCCUCCUCCUCCUCCUCUUCGUCCUCUUCCUCCACUUCUUCCUCUGCCUCUUCCUCUUUUUCUGAGGAAGGCGCCGUUGGCUACAGCUCAGAUUCUGAAACUGUGGAUUUGGAAGAAGCUGAGGGCGCCGUGGGCUACCAGCCUGAGUACUCCAAGUUUUGCCGCAUGAGCUACCAGGAUCCGUCUCAGCUUUCCUGCCUGCCCUACUUGGAGCACGUGGGUCACAACCACACGUACAACAUGGCGCCCAGUGCUCUCGACUCUGCUGACCUGCCACCGCCCAGCGGCCUCAAGAAGGGCAGCAAAGAGAAGCAGGCUGACCUCUUGGACAAGCAGAUGAGCCGGGAUGAGCAUCGAGCCCGGGCUAUGAAGAUCCCCUUCACCAAUGAUAAGAUCAUCAACCUGCCUGUGGAGGAGUUCAACGAGCUGCUGUCCAAAUACCAGCUGAGCGAGGCCCAGCUGAGCCUCAUCCGAGACAUCCGGCGCCGGGGCAAGAACAAGAUGGCGGCACAGAACUGCCGCAAGCGCAAGCUGGACACCAUCCUGAACCUGGAGCGGGACGUGGAGGACCUGCAGCGGGACAAGGCGCGCCUGCUGCGUGAGAAGGUGGAGUUCCUGCGGUCCCUGCGGCAGAUGAAGCAGAAAGUCCAGAGCCUGUACCAGGAGGUGUUUGGGCGGCUGCGGGAUGAGAACGGGCGGCCCUACUCGCCCAGUCAGUACGCGCUUCAGUAUGCGGGGGACGGCAGCGUCCUCCUCAUCCCGCGCACCAUGGCCGACCAGCAGGCCCGGCGGCAGGAGAGGAAGCCAAAGGACCGCAGGAAGUGAGCCUGGGGGGCGCGGGGGUGGACGCUCACCAAGACCGGAAACUGGAGAAGGCCUGGGCCUGGGCCGGGACCUACAGUGGGGACUUAAUGCCUUCUUAGCCAAUGUAUCUUCUCAGAUGGGAUGACUGCAGGUCAGUGUACAGGAAGAAGUGGGCGCGGGCGCUGUCUGGCUCAGCUUCGCCCACUGGGGUGGAGUGCAAGUGCCAGGCCAUUUGGGUGGACAGGGUCCUCACCCCUACCCCUUUCCUGGGAGGAAGGGUGGUGCUGGCAUCUCUACAGGUCGAGGAGCCAUGUACUUGAGCAAAGGGUGAAGGGAAGGAAGGCACUGGAGAGAAGAAAGUAGUAGAAAGAAGGAAGGAAACCCAGAACAAUCAAAGCAGGAAGAAAAUCAAAGGGAAGGUGAAGUUGGCCAGGAUCCGGGCAGCAGGCUUGAGGGACUCGGAUGGGCUUAAGGUGUUCCCUGGUGCGGCAAACCCCGUCUCACCCCUGGAGGGUACAGACACAGGGGUAUGGAGGGGCGGUUCGGCCACCCCGAAGGGGAGCAUUUGGAUAUUGCCAAUAAUGCUUCAGUUGAGUGGAAGCCACUGGGACCCCAACACUAGCUUGACGAUUUCGGGUGAAAGGGCAGAGGAAGCAGAAAAGAAUCCCAAGCCCUGGGUUCCAGCAGCUCCAGCACCCAGCAUGUCACUCACUGCCCUGCCACUGCCAUCUCCCUCCAGCUCAGCCCAAGCCGAGGCUCCCACUCUCUCCAGCAGAGCCUGCAUGUCAAUGCUGUCCUCUAACCUUUCCGGGGGUGUGGGUCCUGCCUCUCCCUGGCUGCCGUAACCCUCCGGGAGCUGGGACCCUGUCUAGCCUUGCUCCUCGGGCUGCCUGGAGGCGGUGGGGAGGGUGUGGAGCAAAGUGCCAGUGCUCUGCCUUCUAGCAGUAUUCAGCACAACACUGGGGAAGACACCUUCCCGCUGCCUGCCUACAGGUACACGGGCUUGCCACUGGGAAGAAAACGAAAGUCUAUAAAACCCAGCAACAAAACUAGUCCUCUUAGAAUUUCUUGCGCUUUGAUUUUUUUCAGGGCUUGUGCCCAGUUUCACCUAUAGGGUCUAGAAUGCUUGUGUUGAGUCAAAAGGAGAUGCCCCGAUACUCAAAGCUGCUAAAUGUUCUCUUUGCCAUAAAGACUCCGUGCAACUGUGUGGCACUCGGGAUUGUUCCCUGUCCCGAGGUCUCCAUCUGCUUUGUUUGGGUUUCUUUCUAGAAGAAUGAGAAGUGCAUGUAGUGGGGGCCGAGAGGCUCCCCCAGGUUCCUGGAGGCAGAGGCAGGGGGAGCCCCUUGGUGGCCAAUGGUUCCAGGACCACAAACACUGUGUGUGUUUGCCACUGCUGCCCCGCCCUUGCCUGGCUUUGGGGUAUGCCUGCCCCAGACCCCCGGAACAGCUGGGGGAAGCACUGAUCGCCCUCCCCGGGUGGGCAGAGGGCCGUUCCUAACUGAGCAGUAGGAAUAGAAGGUGUGAGCCUGGGAGUGCUUUUAUAAAUUAUUUUCCUUGUAGAUUUUAUUUUUAAUUUAUCUCUGUGACCUGCCAGGGAGAGAAGAGAGCGAGCGAGAUGCUGUGAGCACAUGACUAAAUAAAAUAAAAUAAAAUGGA